AUGUCGGAACACGUAUUACCGGCUGAAGAGCCGAUACGGUUUAUAGCCCCUAUCAUUCAAGAUAAUCCUACGGGAUGGGGUCCAUGCGAAAUGCCAGAGCAAUUUAGAGACAUGCCCUACCAACCGUUUAGUAAAGGUGAUCGCUUGGGAAAAAUAAGUGACUGGACUGUUGUACAAGAUAAAAAAUAUCAAAAUAAGUACGCAUCGCAGUUUGGUGCUGGAUCCUCUUACGCUUACUUCCAUGAAGAGGAUGAAAGUACUUUCCAUCUGGUGGAUACCACUAGGGUGCAGAAGCCGCCUUACCAACGCGGACGCGCUCGAGGUCAACGAGGACGUGGUGCAAGGGGUGCUCGCACACCUGGUGGCAUGACAACACUAAGCAAGCAACGUGAUCGUAAACUUGGCAAGAGGUGGGGUCAGCGUGGCGCUCCAAUGAAGAUUCGUGAUGCUUCAGUUACUGUAAGACCCACCUGGGUUACCAUUGAAGACAUGGACUUUCCUCGUCUUGCUAAGCUCUCACUGCCAGGGAUCAAGGAAGGUGAAGACAUUGUAUGUUGUGGUACUUUAGAGUACUAUGACAAGGCAUAUGACAGAGUUAAUAUUAAACAUGAAAAGCCUCUACAACGCAUUGACCGUAUCUUCCAUACAGUUACAACCACAGAUGACCCAGUAAUCCGUCGCCUUAGCAAGACUAUGGGUACUGUCUAUGCUACAGAUGCAAUCCUAGCCACAAUAAUGUGCUGUACUCGCUCUAACUAUUCUUGGGAUAUUGUGAUUGAAAAAAUUGGUGAUAAAUUGUUUUUGGAUAAACGUGACAACACUGAAUUUGAUUUGCUGACUGUCAAUGAGACAUCCGUAGAACCACCGGCAGAUGAUGGAAACUCCAUAAAUUCUCCUCGCAAUCUUGCUCUUGAAGCUACUUUCAUCAAUCAUAACUUCAGUCAACAGGUGUUGAAAUCUGGCCCAAAUGAGCCAAAAUUCAAGUUUCCGGAGCCUAAUCCAUUCGUAUCUGAAGAAGAGGAAGGUGAAGUAGCAUCUGUCGGUUACCGUUACCGCAAGUGGAAUCUUAGCAAUGGUGUUGUGCUAAUAGCACGUUGCGAACACGACGCGGUAAUGCAGGGUCCGCAAAAUGAGACCCAAUUCCUAUCUAUCAAAGCACUAAAUGAAUGGGACUCAAAGUUGGCGAAUGGUGUGGACUGGCGUCAGAAGUUGGACACCCAACGAGGUGCCGUCCUCGCUAAUGAGUUAAGGAAUAACUCUUGCAAGUUAGCUAAGUGGACUGUUCAGGCAUUGUUAGCAGGCUCGGACCAAAUCAAGUUCGGAUACGUAUCCCGUGCUCAAGUCCGCGACAACUCGCAGCACGUGAUUCUCGGCACGCAGCAGUUCAAGCCUCAUGAGUUCGCAUCUCAAAUCAACUUGUCUAUGGACAAUGCAUGGGGAAUACUGCGGUGCAUCAUAGACAUUUGCAUGAAGCAGAAGGACGGUAAAUACUUAAUCAUGAAGGACCCCAACAAGCCUCUUAUCCGUCUGUAUGACAUCCCAGACAAUACUUUUGAGUCUGAUGCGUCUGAAGAGAGUGGUGAUGAACAAACCGAAACACCUUUUGCCCCGUUAUAUUCUUACGGAAACUCUAAAAGGAUUUAG